CUGGAUUCAGACCGACGACAUGGGGGUCGCACAUGGAAAGAAGAGAGAUCUUCAACAUCCUCCAGAGGAGCACCUGAACGUGUCUGUAAUGCAGAUACAAAAACUUGAACAGCCAAACAGAUACUGGGAGCUCCAGGCUUCUCUGUCCCAACUACAGAGUGAGGAGGAGAACAGUAAUCUCAUCAGACCCCAAAAACCUCUCAAUCCUUUAACAGCCUCCAAGAGCCACCAGGAGCUCCACAAAGAACUGCGGAUGACCCACAAGAGCAGAGUGCACCAAGAAGGAAAGACUGAACUCCAGAGGGCUUUAGAAAAGAGAAGAUGGGAACAAAGGGUGAAGGCGAGCAGGGAUCAGGAAGAAGCGAAGAGGAGCAGAUCACCAUUUCAUCAGGAACUGCUCAAAAGACAACAGAGGCUAGAAAAGUUCGAGAGAGACAAGGGACAACAGCGAGAGGGCCCAGAGUUCCUCCGAGUCAAAGAGAGACUGAGACGAACAGCCGUGUUGGAUGCAUGAGGAAAAUAAGUGUGGACGUUUUGAGUGUAUGUAUGUGCAUGUGUUGUGUUGAAAGUCAGCACAAUGGACUGUUGGGAAUAAUAAGUGGAGAGACUGAUCUUCACUGUUACUGUUAACAUAAGAAUCAGAUAAGGUGAAGUAAGACAUGUGACAGUGGAUGGUUCCAGUGGUUAAGUGAGCAAAGGUGAAACAGGUCAAGUAAAGUAAUUGUCUUUAAAUAUCAAGGAUCACAUAGAUGAGAAAUACAUGACUGAUCUAUUAAGACAUCACUGUAUUGAAGAAAACUGAAUUACGUAAACACAGUAGAUGCACAUGUAUAUGUUUUCAUUUUAAAGUUAAUUUACAUGGUAAUGGGUUACAGUUUUCUAAUUAUAAUAUCUGUAAUGACUCAUAUGUCAGUAUAAUAAGUAAUUUUGCAAUGUGUUUUUGGGCAUUCACUUUACCCUGUAAAUAUCAUUGUUUUAUUUAAGGUCUAUUUUAUAAUGUUGAGAAGCGUAGUAUCAUAUAUUAGUUAACAAUCGGGUACAUUCGUCUGUCAAGGUCAAUGAUGUCCACAAUGAGAUUUGGUGUAAAAGAGAUUACAAUUAUAAUAUCUUGUGUCCAUAGUGUGCCUAAGUAAUGUUUACAUUGACAAAAGAUAUUCAAUAACAUGCAAUACAUUUGUUCUUGUGACAUAUUAGUGUA